AUGGAGCUGUUGUGGAGCUCAAACAGUAUCAGCGUUAUUUGUCUCCAUUCAGCACCCACUCUGAAAAUGGACCAGGCUUUGUUAAUAUUUCAUAACCAGCUGCCCCAUGAAGUGGAGGUCUUGUACACUUCAGAUUAUUGCUACAAGUGUGUGUACCAGCAUUUGGUCCAUGUGAAAGCCAGCUACAACAAUGCGUCUACCGUCAUCAGCACCAAAUUCACUUUGACCAUACAAGUGGAAUCCAGCAAGAGGAAUGUAAUUCUUUGCAGAUGGAGUGAGACAUAUGAGGAGGGUGGUCACUAUUCUGUACGGAUCCUAAGAUCAGAUAAUGCCAACAACGCCACCUGUAUCCAUUCUGUGCAUAGAAGACCAAACAAUUCCUACCUGCGUGCUAAAGGAUUGUACUUCCCUCAAAAUGAGUACAAAGAAACCAUUUACGUCGGCCAGAACGAAGGAAGUUGGAUCCUCCAGGUCUUCGCCAUGCUGGACAACGAAUCCGAGAAGCCACACUUCUACCUGUGUUGGUCGAGCUCGCUCAAGCGGCCCGCCUACAACUCCUGGUUUAACUUGGACGUCAUCACGGGAGUGCUGUCCUUGAACAAAACCCUGGAUGAGAAUGACUUUGCCUCGCUGUAUAAACCUUCGUGGUCUGUGAAGAAGUUGUCCCUUUAUGUAAUGGCGCUAACCAAGCCCACCAGGAAGUCCUUGUGCUUCCCUAGAACUAGCCCUCGGAUCAUCUUGGACUUUGUUAACGCAACGAUGCCAGAGUGUGAACAGACGGAUAUGAAAGAGCUGUGCUUCCCUCACCGUGACGUGUCCAAACCGCACAUCAUGGAGAAUAGGUUCUCCGGGGCGGUAAUGCAGCUCCGACGACUCACGAGGCUCAACGUGUGCCCAAAUUACAUCAUCUCUUACAGUGUGGAAUCAGAGACGCCAGCACCCUUUGCAGUGAAUCAGAGCACUUCCGAAAUGAUUGUGACCGCUCCUUUGGACCGAGAGGAGCGUGAACGUUACAGACUCCUGCUGGUUUGCACAGUUCGGACAGAGAGUGCCAUCACUACGCUGGACACUCCCCUGGAUGUUUUUGUCAAUGACGAGGACGAUAACGCGCCGUAUGUUAAUGGAACGGACACAGCAAAUAUUGAAAUCAGCUUCAAUCGGACUAAAGGCGGUACUUAUGGUACAUUGUCAGUUUUUGACAGGGACUUGACUUCCAUAUAUUCCACAGACCAGAGUCACAAUAGGUAUGUUGAGACCUUGCUCAAUACUGACCCAUGGAUAAGGGAGACGUUUGAUGUAAAGCGCAGCUUCAGUGAGAAGAAAACUGCUCAUAACAGCGUCAGAGAAACCAUUCAUAACUAUCAGCUGAUCCUUAAGAAAAACCUGCUGGUGACAGAGAAUCGAAGCGUCCAGCUGAACUACCUGGUCAAUGACACAACCUACCCAGGUCCAGAGGAAAGUGUGUUACUUCACUUUAAUGUCACCAUCUUACCAGUCCAAAUCCGUUUUGAGAACAUCACGCAUAUCUUCACACUCACUCGGAGAGCUUCGAUCUAUGCUCAGGUUGGUAAGGUUUGCGUGGAAAACUGCCAAGAGUUUGAUGGCUUCAGUGUCACAUACCAGCUCAAGGUUCCCAAUAAGAACAUCUCUGCAGAUGAGCUGUCCUGUUAUGCAGCCAUAAGCAUCACCCAGGCGCCAGAUGAUAUGCAGGGACUCCUCUACGUCAACGACUCGGAGCCUUUGCAAAGACCCGAAUGUCAGGAUCUGCAGUACAUCGUCGUAGCUCAAGAGGGGCACACGCAGUCGGAGGCUAGCACUCAGAUCCUAAUCAUUCUGGAUACUGGAGUAAACCAGGACAAUCAGGAGAGUCAGCAGUUCCUGCCAUGUGCAGAAAAUAGACGUAGAGGAGAAUGUGAAACCACUAGAGGCCUGGGAGCGACCACGGGAAGAUGCCAGUGGAGGCAAGGCACUGAAAAAGGAAUUGUAGAAAAUUACUCGACCUGCUCGCCAGACCUUCGCACUUGUCCUGAUAGCUUUUGUGAUGCUGUUGAAAGCAAAGAUCCAUCAAUUUGCCCACAAGACUGUACAAGAGAAAUUGUGACUGGCGGUCAUGAACUGGGAUUGAGGAACGGCAUCCAGGCUGGCUACGGAACCUGCUACUGCUUGACUAAAAGAUGCUUCUGUGAAAAGGAAGAUAUUGAGGUGGCGCUAUGCGACGACAUGUGUAAGACUGUCAUCGCCACGGUUCUGCUCCUUUCCUUCAUCGUCUCCAUCCUCCUUUCGUCCUACUUCAUCCACCGCUACCACAAGAACUCCCCCAAGCCGCCGAUAGCAUCCGCCGAGAUGACUUUCCGCCGACCGGCUCAGGCCUAUCCGAUCAGCUUCCCCGCCAACAACCUACGCAGAGGCUCGCAGGAAUCCCUUGAAACCGACACCUUUAAAAUACCCGAGGAUCCCAAAUGGGAAUUCCCACGCAAGAACCUCGUGCUUGGCAAGACUUUGGGAGAGGGAGAGUUUGGGAAAGUUGUCAAAGCAACGGCGUUCAGGUUGAAAGGAAAAGCAGGUUAUACUACUGUGGCUGUGAAAAUGCUUAAAGAAAACGCCUCCCACAGUGAGCUACGGGACCUGUUGUCAGAAUUCACUCUCCUCAAGCAAGUGAACCAUCCUCACGUCAUCAAGAUGUAUGGGGCGUGCAGCCAAGAUGGUCCAUUGUACCUGAUCGUGGAGUAUGCCAAGUUCGGGUCACUUCGCAACUUCCUUCGCGAGAGCCGGAAAGUUGGCCCGAGCUUCAUGGGAAUGGACGCCAACCGAAACUCCAGCUACUUGGAGAAUCCGGACGACAGAGCGCUCACUAUGGGUGACCUGAUCUCCUUUGCUUGGCAGAUAUCCAGAGGCAUGCAGUAUUUAGCUGAAAUGAAGCUCGUUCAUAGGGACCUUGCAGCAAGAAAUGUACUUGUCGCAGAGGGGAGAAAGAUGAAAAUCUCCGACUUUGGACUCUCCAGAGACGUGUAUGAAGAGGACUCUUACGUUAAGAGGAGCAAAGGUCGAAUACCUGUUAAAUGGAUGGCGAUAGAGUCCCUGUUCGAUCAUAUUUACACGACACAAAGUGACGUCUGGUCCUUUGGUGUGCUCUUAUGGGAAAUUGUGACAUUAGGAGGUAAUCCAUACCCGGGUAUUGCACCGGAACGCCUCUUUAACCUCUUGAAAACUGGCUACAGGAUGGAGCGACCUGAGAACUGCUCUGAGGAAAUGUAUAACCUCAUGGGCCGAUGCUGGAAACAAGAAUCGGACAAGAGGCCGACGUUCUCUGAUAUCAGCAAAGAGCUGGAAAAGAUGAUGGUUAAAAGUCGGGAUUACCUGGACCUGGCCGCGUCGACGCCUGCUGACGCCCUGCUGUACGAUGACGCGCUCUCUGAAGAGGACACACCACUUGUGGACUGUAAUAACGCCCCUAUCCCUCGAACCCUUCCCUCCACAUGGAUUGAAAACAAGCUCUAUGGCAUGUCAUACCCCAACUGGCCCGAGAAGAGCCCGGUACCGCUCAACAGACACGAUGCCACUAAUCCAGUCUUUACAAGAUAUGCCAAUGAUAGUGUUUAUGCAAACUGGAUGGCUUUGCCUACCGCCGCGAAAACCGUGGACAAGCUCGAUAGCUAG